ACGGCUGUGGGUACGUAGCAUGGGAGCGCUAUGUUGUCCAGGAAAGGACUCAUUCCUGAAGAUUACUUGCUUACACGUUUGGCCGAAGAUGUUCUGCAGCCCAAGUUCAAGGCGAAAGCGGGAAAGGCUCGGUUCGUCUCCAAGAACGGCACAUGCAAUGUAGCGCAUACCAACAUCCGAGAGCAGGGCCGAUUCUUGCAGGAUGUGUUUACAACGCUCGUGGAUUUAAAAUGGCUUCACACGCUCAUCAUUUUCACCAUGUCGUUUCUGUGCAGCUGGCUCCUUUUUGGAAUGAUCUGGUGGCUCGUUGCGUUUGCGCACGGCGACUUGGACCAGAGCGCAGACGACUUUAUCCCGUGCGUAACGGAUAUUCACUCCUUCUCCUCCGCGUUUCUGUUCUCUAUAGAGGUCCAGGUGACCAUCGGCUUCGGGGGGCGGAUGAUAACGGAGGAAUGCGUUUCCGCUAUCAUCAUUCUGAUCGUGCAGAACAUCGUCGGGUUGGUUAUCAACGCCAUCAUGCUCGGCUGCAUCUUCAUGAAAACCGCUCAGGCCAACCGGCGCGCAGAGACGCUCAUUUUCAGCAAACACGCCGUUAUCUCCGUCAGAAACAACAAGCUCUGCUUUAUGGUUCGCAUCGGGGAUCUGAGGAAAAGCAUGAUCAUCAGCGCCACCGUCCGAAUGCAGGUUGUCAAGAGAACCACCACGGAGGAGGGUGAGGUGGUGCCACUAGACCAAAUCGACAUACACAUGGAUAACCCAGUGGGUACCAAUGGCAUCUUCUUGGUAUCUCCCCUCAUCAUCUGUCACAUAAUUGACAAGCACAGUCCCCUUUACGACCUUUCCGCCUCUGAUCUGUUACUCCAAGACAUAGAGGUGAUCGUUGUGUUGGAGGGGGUGGUGGAAACCACCGGUAUCACCACCCAGGCCAGGACGUCCUACGUGUCGGAGGAGAUCCUGUGGGGACAGCGCUUUGUGCCUACAGUGUCCGAGGAGGACGGCAUGUACGCAGUGGACUACUCCAAGUUUGGCAACACUAUGAAGGUCCCAACACCGUGCUGCAGCGCUAAGAAACUGGAUGAGGCAGGUGGCAUCGCUCGGUUUAAACUGACCGAGGGCGUCACCUUGCGGGCGUCUGUAAGAAGACGUCGGGGCUCCGUCGUGGCUCGAAGGUCCAGGCUGGAGACCAUGAAAACUCACGAUUAAGAGUGUGCAAAUCAUGUCUGCGAGCAUUUUGUAUGAGAGUUAACUGUCUAAGAUUGGUGGUUAUUAAUUCAGAUAAUCAUAUUUAUUUUAUAACAUAUGGUAGGGAUUACCUGUAAUCAACAAUCAGCAUAUAUUCUCUGCUUUUAUACUCAGGGUCAGCGUGAAAAUGCGCGAGAUAGAAUGCACUGAUGAUUAGAAGUGACUGCUGUAUCAAGUGUGAAUCACCUUGUCUUUUAUUUAAACAAAAAAUUGACUGCAUGUGUCCUAAAUAAAUAAAAGAACGCUGCUAGAAAUGGUGUUGUGAAUGGAGAGGCACAAGAAGGAAAUUAAAUUAGAAUAAUGAGGCACUCCCACAAUUAAGCAAGGCGUUCUCAAUAUGCGGAAGAACUCAUUAGUAUAUCCCCUGAUUUUACACAGCAUAAGUAAUAGCACAGUAGGCUGUAGCAUUAAAAAAAAAAAAUCUGCACUAGUUUUUCAUUACUCUUGUCGAUGGCAACAUAGCUGCCAGCUACUUUGACAAAGAUUAAAAUACAAACAGUCAAAGAUCCGGGCUGCAGAAGCAAUCAUACCCAAACCCAACUCUAUAGGUUGGAUCAAACAAAUCUUACAGUUCCCACAGUACAGUCAAAAGAAUCAUUUAAAUUUUAUGAGAUCGCAUUUUCCACUUGCAGAAAAAAGGCGAGACGUAAAGUAUAAAAUAUAUUUAUUAUGGAAGCACCAUGAAUGAGAAUGUGUUAUAUUUAAGUAUGACCUCCCUCUAGUUACCGCCUUUCAAGUUUCUUUCAUAUGCACCCUUCCACAAAGUCUCUCUACCAAAGGUUUUGGCAUUUUCUCCCAAAACAGACAAGAAGCCAGACUGCCCUCGAGGUCUCCACAGAGGCCAAACAGAAGAAAACCGUGGAUUCUUCAUUCUCCAAAAAAGACGGCAUCUCUUGCCUGCUUCCCAUCUUCCAUUCAUUCUAACAAACUCCUCGUCAUACUAAAGAGCCUCUGAUCGCCAUUACAAAAGGGUUAACACAUGCGGAGUAGUAUUUUAUGUUAGGAGCAAGGGGGAAACAAAAAUUCCAGUGGGAAGUUGGCGGCGUUCCCAUUAAAAUGAUCACCUAAGACAAUCUUCUUCAAUGCUUCAAGGCUGCUUCUUCAAUUUCCACAAAAAACAAAAACAAACAAAGACACAGAGACAGCUGGCAUUUCUCUCUUUUAUUAGAUUAUAAUCCGCAGAGCUUAAAAUAUUAAAUUGCUUUUAACUUAGUUAAUAAUUAAAAUACAUAAAAACAAGAGCCAGAACUGAGGAACCCUGCAAAAAAAGUUAAAAUAAAUUAAAAAAAAA